AUUGCCUUUUUGUGCCAGCAUGAAUACAGCUCCGGUAAAAAAAUUAAAGCACCCGGAAUGGAGGAAGCUGUUCAAGAAAAGACGACGCAAAGCCGUUCGCCAGAAGACGGCACAGGAACGUGAUCGGCAAAAUGCUGAAAAGGAAAAACAAAAAUUGUCCUGUCCCGAGUAUCAGUUGUAUCUUGCUGAAAAAGGACGCCAAGAACAGAUUGCAGCAGAGCGGGAAGAGCUUGAACGUGCAUUACGACAUGCCGUUUGGCUAGAGGAGGAACGCAAGGCACAGCUAAAGUUUGAAAAGGUACGCCAAGAAGAGGAAGCCAAAGAACGCGAGGCGCGAGAAAAAAGGGAAAAGAUACGAAGAGAAUAUGAGGAUGGUGAAACCAAACUCAAGCAAGCCAAAGAAGAACGUUUUCAGCAGCAAGAACUUGCACGUCGAAUGCUGCACGAGCGGUUUAUAAAAUUGCAAGAGUUUGCAGCAACUGGGGCUGAUGAUUACCUGAGUGAGCUACAAAGCAUACAGCAUACGCGUGCCGACGCAGAUGAUUGUAAAUUUUUCCUAAAGACCGGUGCGUGUCGACAUGGUUAUCGAUGUAGCGGGAAUCAUCCCACGCCGGGUGUAAGUCAGGUGAUCUUGAUACCGAAUUUCUUCAGCCAUCCAGCACUGGAACAAACCGUCCACGCGGAAUAUGGCCACGAUGCGCGCCUCGAGUUCGAUGAGGAUGAUUUGAAAAAUAGCUACAAUGAGUUUUUCCGAGACAUCAUCCAAGAGUUUGAAAUGUUCGGAACAGUUAGGCACAUUUUUGUGUGCCGGAAUUCUGUUGCUCACUUAAGAGGGAGUGUAUACAUAGAGUAUGAAUCGAUGAGGAAUGCAGCAGCGGCAUACUUGCGAAUGAAUGGAAGAUUCUACGCUAAAAAACAACUUCACGUUGAAUUUAGGACCCCACUCACGUGGCCAACGGCGGUUUGCGGACUCAACGAGCUGAACCGAUGCCAGAAAGGUGCGGGCUGUAACUUUCUGCAUAUUUUGAAGAAUCCAGACCAUCGUUACGUGUAUAACCAUUUCCUGGAAAGCAGAUCAGUGCGAAGGGAUGAGCUUUUGCAUCUUGCUACGCCGCUACUGCAGAAAUCAUGGGAUGAAAUAACAUCGCAUAGUGGCAGUCAAACGUCCAGAAAUGCUGCUCAAUGGCGAUGGUCCGAAUCUCCAGAGUUAGAACCCAAAACAUCUGAUCACGGAGAACGGGAAACACCAAAAAAGCAUGGCAAUGAACGGAACGAAGCACAUACUUCUGGUGAAAGCCGGAGACGCCCAAGCCGUAGCUCUGGCCGGAACAGAAGAUACCGAAGUGGUAGUGAAAGUGGUUCACCAGUUAGCCAUCGAAGUCGAAGUGGCAGUCGAAGCCGAAGUCAGACUCGGAAACAUGAGCAUCGCAAUGAUUAUGCUUCCAAAAAACGAUCUGACGAUGUAAGGGAUAAAAGAAGUGUUCGAAAAAGACAACGUCGAUCGGUUGAUCACAGUCCUUUGCGAAGUCGUGAAGGGAAAAAAAAUAAAACGAAACGAGAUUAG